AUGGCACCGAUCGAGAUACCACGGACUUCCGGGAUCGGUACAAAGCUCGAGGGGACGCACAACUAUCAUUCAUGGUUUCAACAGCUGAAAGCUGAACUAUGUGCUACCGAUCCCUUGUACUGGCCCAUUAUAAUGGGAGUGAACGAAAGUCCGGCCGAGCCCAAGUACCAGCACUAUACUCACGAGGAAGCCAUUUCUUUUGUUGCCAAAGCAGGCGAAUUGCUGGAGAGAUUACUCGAGGAAACCAUUGAGCAAAAUAAGCUCCUUUCCCACAAACACGAUGCCGAACCAGAAGAGUGGGAGCAGCUGAACUACCGCCUUCGCUUGAAAUUCUGCUCGACUCUCGACAAAGUCCCAGCUUCCCAUAUCGAGCAGGUCUUUGAUGCCCGAUCUGCAUUUCUGGUUAUUAAAAGUCUUUACGAUGGGCUCAAUAUGCAACCAGUCUCCUUGGAGUUGCAGAAUUGGACAAGCAUUCGGUACAAGAAAGACGUCCAGAUGGAGACUUUUCUCGCCUGCUUCAAGCAGGCUGGAGGAAUAUCGAAAGACCGGUCUUGUCGUCGAUGCUUGCACUGA